AUGAGUGAAAAUCCAACGAUUUCGGAAAAGGAACUCCUAGAUGCUAUAAAAAACCUUUUGAAGAAAAGCGGUCAUCUGAACAAAUUUCAAGCAGAGAUGCGAGCGAAAGUAACCGAAGUCCUACAGGAAAGACAAGUAUUGAACCCUGGCUUCAAGAGUGCUGGUAUUCCAAAGCCUUCGGACGAGGUGUUAUUAAUCAAUGAGCUUGUCAAAGAAUAUUUGGAAUGGAAUGGCUACCUUUACACUGCAUCUGUGAUGGCUUCGGAGGCUGCAAUGCCAAACGUUAGGAAAACUCGUGCUGAACUGUGUUCCGAGGUCGGUGUGAAAGAUGACGAGAAGUCAUCAGCUCUGCCGCUUCUAUCUAAUAUCAUCGCGGCAUACACGGAACGAAUUAAAAGAAAAAUCAAUAGGAUCAAGAGAGAUCACUAG